AUGCACCUCUUUCGAUUUUCGGACAACGGCCACAACGAAGACUUUGUGCAAAAAAUAAAGACACUGCUCGAGUCGUUCAACAAACUAGAUGAAGAAGACUUUGAUAAGAUAUACGAACAGUACAUACAUCCAGUAGUCAAUGCCAGGUUUGACUACAGACUCACACAAGUUGCAUUUGCGGCAUUAUGUCUUCACGUGGCAUUACUCGGGUCAGCAUCUUAUACGGAAAAACAUGGACCUUAUGUCGCUUCGAAAAUAGCAGCAUGGACAAUCAAUGAUGCGAAAUUAAAAGUUCUCACCCAUAUAAUUCGUUUGCUCAACAUUGCAGAGUGCGGAUGGGACAUUGACUACUCGGUAAAGACAAUCGAAGAGAUAGUGGAAACCAUAUCUUUACCCAGCACUAUAGCUUCAUGGAAUGGAACUAUCUCUGGUGUAAAUACGGACAAUUAUUCAUUGACGACGACAAAGGUCGUUUUCUUAGACUUUCUGAAUGUAGUCUGCGCUUACUGUUCGCUUGAAGGAGCACGGCGUCUAGUAAAGUUUUUUGUACGCUGUUAUAUAACGAGCUAUUUUCAUGACAAAGAAGACGAUGGCUAUAAUUUGACAAAAGUAUGUGACGAAAUAGUAAGAAAUCCCAAGUUUUACAACUUUCCAUACAUCAAAGACGUAUUUUUUGACCUUUGUACGGAAGAGCUCUUGUUUAUUGGACCACGAACUACCGAAACGCCCUCUACUCAGUUUAUUGAAACUCUGAAAAUUUUCGAAAUUCUGAAAAACUCUUGUUAUCAAGCUAUUCCACACGCCGCUCACUUAUUUACGCCUACAAAAAACCCGACUGUCGAUAGCGAUUACAUCACGGAUUCUAAUUUUAGUUCCUCCUCCGAUUCCGAUCUCGACCUCCAAAGCCCAAACAAUGAGCCUUCCAGUUAUAGUAACGCGCGGGCUCUACGGAAUCGGAUGCGGGCAAUUAUUGAUCUCAUCGGAACUAUUCCAGCGGAACACUUUAACGACAGGCAAAAGGACGGGUUGAUUCUCCAGGCGAUGUUUGUGGAAAAAAUAGUUGAUAAGAAAGGGCUCGAUAUCUCUGAUACCAUGCAAGUUUGUAGAAGGUUUAUUUAUAAAAUGAUGAAUAACGGUAGCCAGGGCAUGUUGAUUUAUCAUCCGGCGUACUACAUAUGGUGGAUCACAAAUGCGAUAUCUCAAGACCAAAAAAUGCAAAGGUAUGCCAAGUCUCCCAAAUACGUCGCGUAUGAAAAAGAAAUAUUGGACCAAAUGGCCGACAUUAUCGACAAAACGGUAAAGGUGGCACGAAUGUCGAUGCGAUUUCUAUUCCAAAACCCAUCAUCAAGGUAUACGUUGCGAUACGUAAAUGCAACAAGUGAAUUCCUGAGAAACUUGCCAAUACGACUUUUAUCGGUCGAUAAUUUUGCCAAAUGGAUGGAUGAUACCAUAGAAAACCUCGAGCAUCAAUGGUGUCUGCGACUUGUUACCGAUUUUUUAGAGGACGGUAUUCAAUGUUACAAUGACUGUAAAUCCCUGGUAACACUAUCACUUUUUGUCAAAGAUCAAUUAAAUGUAGCGUUGGACUGCUUAACUGACAAGCGAUACACGGAAUUUCUGAUCGACAAAUUUGAAGAAGUCGAACUUUUUCUGAGAGCUCUCAAAAUUGUUGUCACAUAUGUCAAACGCAUGCCAGAAAUUGCAGUCAAAAGAGACAUUCUUGACCAUAUUAAUGAAAAACUAAACAGACUUGCCAUGACAAUUUUAAUCAUUAUGGAUUGUACGGAAGAUAUCAGCCAGCGUGUAGUAGAAAAUAUGUUGACAGUCUUUUCCAUAUCGGUCGAUUGUGUCCAGUUCUCAAAUAAUGAAACAGCCAGCGCGUGGAAAUUAUUGCUAAUGUUCUGUGAGUUGCUCUGUCUGUUGACGAGUCGCACAUCAACGGGAAUUCAGUCAGCCGAACGGAUGGUCAGCAAAUUUAUUGAUACUUUAACGAGAAAUCAAUUCGAAUACGCCUACAAAGGCAUGAUCAAUAUAAUCAAGGACAAGAUCAAGGAAAAUGCGACCAACGAUCUCAACAUUCUCGUCAAGUUAAUCGACUGCAUGAUAAGAAGAAAAGAAUUUGAUGAAUCGAUAAAGAAAAAUCUGACGGUAGUGAUUGGUCCGUUAUGCAACGCUGGUUACCGUCGAAUAACGCAACAUACUUUGAUUCGCCUGAUGAAUUUAAUCACAUAUAUCUGCAGUCUGGAAGACUUUAGCAUACGAUUGGCACAUAUCGACGAUAUAAUCACGAUGCUUCACGCGCUUGUCUGUAAUUACGAACCGGACAAUCAAACCGAAUCAGUAUCGAUAUUUAUCGAAGUCUGCAGAUUGCUUUUCACGCUAGUCACAUCACACAGUUUGGAACUGAAAAAGUCGGGAGCAAUUCGUCUGGUUGCACCGACGACCUACAUCUUGUUGAUACUGCUAAAGGGUCCGCAAACCGGUGGUCAUGCCUUGACGCCCAAGUUUGCCAUACAAUCGGUGGACAAACAUACUCGUGAAACAAUGGCGCAUCAAUUUCGAGAGCUCCUCGAGGCCAUCUCCCAUAAUCUGCGCUUCACCAUGAUUAUAGAAGACGUUCCACUCAUUCUUUCGGAAUACAUCAGUCUGCUGCUCGUCGAAACAAGAAAAAGUGUCAGAGAUAUCUUGAGGCCGGGCACGUUUGCCCUGUUUGAUCUGUGUUCUAAAAAUGAGGUUGAGACAACUGUGGGUUAUCUAAGCGAUGUUGGAGAGAAACUGUUUGGAGAAUUGUGGAUUGAGUACAAUGCAAAGAUUAAUAUGUGA